UCUUAUUUCACUCCUUAUCUGAUUUGCCUUUUCUGCAAGUUGGGUGAUAGCGUUCCCCCUCAAAAAAUCAUUUCUUAUUUCUUUCUGCUGGACUGCUUUCCCUUCUCCCGGUUCAAGUCCACAUUUACCCAUUGAUUGAGAUUCUCCAUCACCCAGAAAGAGAAGAAUUUCCUGAAUGAUCGACCCUCAGCUGACAUAGCGCCAACGACGGAACCAUUAUCCCGGUGCCGAUUUGUGCCCCCCAGGCCGAAGAGGAGUUCAACAAAUUCCCACCUCAUCCCACUCUCUCCCGUCCACUCUUCCGAUUUGCUCUCCGGAUCCUACUGGUGUCAAACGGCCAUUGUCGUUUCCACUUUGCUAAUUAAGACCAUUCCUCUAUCGCUUGGCUUGGUCGUGCCCCCCCCUUUCUUCUGCACAAUCCUUUUAUAAAUUCAACACCCGUCCCCGGAAAAGCAAUCACCACGUCUCUGGUCCCCGGUUCUCGAUUGAUCUGGCCAGUACCCUUCUUUCGACGAGUGAUUACCCUGUUAUUGUAUCAAUUACGUACCGACACAAUGGUGCAUGCCGUCCCUUCACCACCGCCGAGGUCUACGGCGGUGUCAAAGACCCCUUAUACUCCCAAUGGCGACCACCAUGCCAUUCCGGUGUCGUCCACCUCGCACCCGGAUAACCCGGUGCCAGAAGAACCCCGUGGUGUGAGGUCAUUGUCGGUGACGGAUAUGAGCUUCAAUGUUUCGUCCACAGAAACCGAUAGCACUCCUAGCUCGGGCUCUCCGUCGACUGUCCCUACUGAGCCUCAGUCGGACGCCGAAGAUGUAGCCCAGAAGUUGGAGGAAAAUGGUACCGGCCAUCGACGCCGAGCCUCGACUGUGCUCAUCUCCCAGAACUCCGCCGAUAUGCAACGAGUUCUGCAAAACGUUGGUGCUCCAGGCACACAGAAGAUUCAGCCGUUGUGCUGUGGCGGUGGAUGCUGCCGUAGCCAGCCUCUGAUCAGAGGCGAUGGUCCUGUCUCUGGCAUCAUGGUGACUCCACCUCAAAAUAAGGCCUAUGACGCUCUCAAGUUGAACGUCGAUCUCCUUACCAUGGAUAGUGAGCUCACCGAUGUUGUUGACCUUCCUGCAAAGACGGUGUCCUUUGCAGCUAUCCCUGCAUCGGCUGUGGAGACGCAACUUGGACCGAAGGAUCACCCGCCUCCCUUCGUCCAGCCUCACCCCCCGUACAAUGUGUACCGUGCUCCUCUGCACCACGCGCGAGAACUCACCAAGUCGGGUGCUGAGAAACGGACCUACCAUUUCGACAUCGACGUGACCGACUAUCCCGCGGAAAGUGGCAACGUGGACUUCGUUGUUGGUGGCGCAAUUGGCGUGUGUCCUAUGAACAAAGAGGAGGAGGUCGACGAUAUCUUCAACUGCCUUGGAGUUCCCAAAUCGAUCCGUGAUAAGAAGAUCACAGUGCGCACAAGCACAGGCCGGUGGCCCACUAUCUGGGGUGACGAGCAAGCCCGUGAAUUGAUCACAACACGCAGGGAGCUCCUGAACUGGUGCUCAGAUAUUCAGAGUUACUCCCCGUCGAAGGAACUGUUCCGUCUUUUGGGUGAAUACGCCAGCGAGCCAAACGAGAAGAAGAUCCUCAUGUUCCUCGCCUCAGCUCAGGGCCAAGGCGCCUUCUGUGAUCUCCGUACCUCCUCUCAUGUCUCCGUGUCUCAACUUCUGCACGCAUUCUCCUCGUCUCAGCCACCCUUGGACCAUCUGCUUUCCGUUCUCAACACUUUAAUGCCCCGUUUCUACUCUCUGUCUCAAGAUCCCCUCCUCUCGUCUGCCCAAAAGAGUGGCCAAUCCCGCCGUCUCGUCGAAGUUGCCGUUAGUGUGGCAGAAUCCAAUGAUUGGAAGGGCGGAUUGCGAACCGGUGUAGGAUCUGGAUACCUUGAGCGGCUGGCACGGCAAGUGGUGGAGGCGGAGCGUCAGGGCAUCGACCCUUCAACUCUCAAUCUUCAUGUCCCCAUGUUCCGGGGCUUGAUGGCCAACCCACUGGCCAAGCGGUUCCACUCGGACGGCCCCAUGCUCCUGAUUGGUGCUGGUGUGGGCAUUGCUCCCUUCCGUGGUUUCGUCCAGCGCCGGUUGCAAUCGGCCAACUGUGCCAACAAGGUGUGGGUUCUACAAGGUGUGCGUGAUUCCCUCCUGGACGAGCUCUACCGCGGCGAGUGGGGCGUCGAUGAGGAAAAGGUACGAACGGUGGUUCAAAGCCGUCGUGGUGAGAGCAGAUACGUCCAGGAAGAGGUCCGUCACCAAGCUGACCUGGUCUGGUAUGUUAUCAACGCAUUGGACGGUCGUGUCUUUGUCUGCGGUAGCGGCAAGGGUAUGGGCGAGGGCGUUGAGGCUGCUCUGGUUGAUGUGGCUAUGGCCAAGGGCAACCUGAAUGAAGAGGAGGCCAAAUUGUUCUGGGACAAUAAGAAGGAGGCUGGCCAAUACAUUGCUGAAACUUGGUGAUGACAUAUAUAUUUUUCUAGGGUACAGUUGAGCUGAGUUGACCUUGGCUGUUUCAUACAUUAUUUGGGUCAGGUACAUUAGGUUUAUUUGCAUGCACUUGGGAUGUGUUGUUCGGAUUUAUUGGGUUGCGUAUCCUUGUCGGAUUCUUUGCAUGUCAUUAGCGGGUGGCUUUCUGAUUCUCACCUGGUUGAGCCAGGUUUUUUCUUAUUGUCAAAAACUAUGGUUGUUACAUCAUAGAUUAUUUGGUAGCAAUACCUAAUGACAUAUUAUUGGGUUAAA